AAGGGCUGGUUAACUUUCUAUGGGUACCUGCUGUAUAUUACAACACAGGCUCAUCAGCUUUAAAUAGACCAACGUGUGGGUAAGAAGCUUCAGACUCCUUCCCAAAAUUUGGAAGAAUAGAGGGAAGAAAUGAAUCUAGCAAACGACGAUACAACAUCCAGUGCCAUAUUUGACUGGGACUAUGUUCUAUGGGAAGUUCGUUUGACGUUACUAGCAGCUGGUUUUUUCAUCUACCUGGGAAUAUUUCUUCUAGCUCACUGGCUGUCCUCAUGGAUCUGUGCCACUUACUGUGCUCUCUCAGCAAAGGAGAAGGUCUUCUGGAAUAUGACUAUCACACGUGGCGUGUUUGGAAUUCAGAGUUGGAUAGCUGGGUUGUGGGCCUUGCUCAUAGAUCCAGUUUUUCAAGCUGAUAAAGUGUAUUCCCAGCAAAAUUGGAGCUGGUUUAAUUGCUUAAUAGCCUCUGGCUUCUUUUUGCUUGAAAAUGUGGCUGUUCUUUUGUUUGAUAUUGUUUUCAGGACAUUUGAUGUGUUCUUGGUAGUUCAUCAUUUAUUUGCCCUUGCUGGCUCUUUUGGGCUGAUAACAAAUAUAAAAUCUGGGCACUAUUUACCUCUGAUGGGAUUGCUACUUGAGAUGAGUACUCCUUCAACCUGCAUCUCCUGGGUAUUUUUAAAGAUUGGCUGGUCUAAUACCCUUUUUUGGAAGGCAAACCAGUGGUUAAUGAUCCAUCUAUUUCACUGUCGCAUGAUUCUUACUUACCACAUGUGGUGGGUGUGCAUUUCCAAUUGGAAUGAUAUAGUGGAAAAUAUGGGACUUGCAUACUUUACAGUCUUUAUCAUGGGAUUAGGUUCACUUACUGUCAUACUUAACCCAUACUGGACAUAUAAAAAGACUCAACAGCUACUCAGUCCAGUUGACUGGAACUUUUCCAACGCAGCAGUGAAAAAUGGAUCUUUUGGAAAAUUAAAUAGUGAAACAGACCAAAAGAAGAAGACAUAGUGAUGCAAUACCUAUUAGAGUAACUUUAAAAUAUGGUCGGAAGGACAUGGGGAAGGUUUGAGUGCAUAAAAAUAAAAUGAUUUACAAGACUUAUAAGCACAUUAGCAAUGUACCAGCUGAUCCUCAGUAUUCUCUACACAUUUAUCAAGUGUUAAAAAUUGUUGCUUCCUGUAUUUUAUAUACAUAACAUAGUCAAAAUCUUGAUUCUGUCAGGUUUUAUUACAGCAUUUUUCUCAUGUUGGACAGUGCCUUGUCAUUUGGCAGUGAAAAUCAAGCCGCCAUUUUCAUUUUAGAAUGUACAAGUGCUUUACAAAUAGCUCAUUAAGCCUCCCAGUUCCUCCUUGGGGGAGAUACUGAUAGUGAUUUGUUCAAAGUUAUAUUGUAAAUUUGUGGCAAAACUAGGAUUAGAAGGCAGAACACCUACCUCCCAGAGCCGUGCUUUUGCCACUAGCCCAUAACAUGCUAGUGUGAAUUUUCCAUCACUUGAAGUGUUUACAUCAAAACUAGGUGUUUUUCUGAAUGGUACAAGAAUAUUGUAGGUCAAACUGAAGGUGUGAGCCACUGUUCCCUGUAAACUGUGCAUCAGGAUGAUCACUCAGGAGAAAUUAAAAUGCUACCCAGCUGAUUAGUAGAGUGCUUACAGCUUGGUGUGUUGUUUCUACUGGUGGUAUGCAUUUGCACAUGCUUUGACACACAGAUUUUAUUCCACACCUGGAUGGAAAAAAAUCCACAUAGGAAUGCAAAAGAUUAGAGGGAACAUUGGUGUGGGUUUGAUGCAGAAAUCACUGGGGGAGCUUAUGUGGCCUGUGUUAAGCAGGAGAUUAGUCUAGAGUGGAUUAUAUUGGUCCCUGACCUCAAAAUCUAUGUAAAUGCAAAGUACCAUAAGAGUCCAUAAUGAGCUGCUUGUUUUCAUAAUUUCUAGUGUGCAAAGGUCCAUUGCACAAAAUCAUCCCAACUAUUGAUGCUGACUGACAACCUGGUUGGUCAGCCACUUCACUAAAGGGAAAUAGAGCUGUCUUCUCACUCUUGCAGGUAAUUCUUUUGUGACAGUACAGAAAACUUUAAUCUUGUGGGGUCCUAUGAAGAUACAUAAAGGAUAGAGGAGGGUAACACUUCUGGAACAUCAUUUAGAAGUCCCUUUUUUGUUUUUUUAAGGAUCUUUGUUUUCUUUACAAUAAAAUGGCUCAUUGAGCAGAACCCUAAAACCUUCCCUGAUAUAAAGAAAAUAAUAUUGGUUUAAGACUGACUAAUGUUGGACAACUAGUUAAAGUAAGCAUACCAGUUACAGACUUGAUUGGUCCAGAAUUGGUGAGGUGAUAGACAUGUGACUAAUAGAUUCUUCUGUUCAAGGAUGACACCUAGAGGCAUUAGUUUUAACAUAUAAAACUAGCAAAAUCAAAAAUGUGUGUGGGUCACAUCCCUCCUUCACUCUGACAAGAACUCUGCUUAAUUAUAAAUUUAUUUCUCAGAGUAACUAGCUUUUGAAGGCACGUGGAAGUAUUUUAGAUCAAGGCUCAUUUUACUGACAGUUUUGUGUGUGUGUUAUAUACAGUUUUCCUUAUUAUAAUAGAAAAGUGUACAUGAGUACAUCCUGCACCGUGUAAAUGAAGAAUUUUCUAUUUAUUGACACAUUAGGUGAAAUGGGAAAAAAUGGAAUGCUCAGAAUGCUGUUGGGAUCAAGUAGAAAUGUAUUGAAAUGAAUGCUGUUGGGAUCAAGUGAAAUAUAGAUCCUUUCACCUCUAGAUCAUAGGUUCAAAUCCAGCCCCAGUUGAUGGCAGUAGAAUAAUGAUCAGAAGGCUAAUGAAUUACGUGAAAUAUAUUUGCUAGUCUCAGUCCAGUUCCCAGUGAACAGUACCUCCAAAUUCCCCAUUAGGUACCUUGUUAUCUAUAAGUGUGGCCCUCAAAAUCAGAAUAAAGUCUUGUUGCUUGGGCAGCAUUGGCACGCAUUGAUCCUGUCCUGCAAAUAAAUGACUGCCCUGGGAAAUCCAGUUCAUCAUGUAACUUUUCUAUUCCUGAAAAGUGCAGGCAAAAUGUUAGAAAAAGGGUUAAGGAUAAAUCAGUUCCUCAGAAAUGGGAAAGGCGUUCUGUAAUCUGAAUGCAUUAAAAUGCCAACCUCUCUGCUGGAGGUUCCAGUGUUGGGUGCUAAGCAAGUAGUCACUGAGGAGCAAGAUGGUUCUUGAAGUAGGGGUGUAAAAUCCAGUUUAACCAGUUAAUUGCUUACAUGGGGGUAUGCAGGCUGAAGUGCUCCUGCCCACAGCUUGCUGCUCCACCCCUAACCGGUUAAUCAUUCACAUCCCUACCCUGGAGAAGGCAUGGAGAUGAGAAGUCAAAGAGAUUGGACAUUUCUUGGAACUAGGAGACCAGAAGAUUGCAGAGGCCUAAGAACAGUAGCCACAGAGGUGGGUGAAAUAGGAGAGUGGGACAUGCUUUAGAAUGAUUUGUUAGAGUAUUUUGCAAAGCCUUGAUUUUAGCACCUGGAGGAGAUGGGAUUAGCUACAGCAGUGGAGAUUCAAAAGGAUAUUUGAAGGUGUGUCCCAGUGGGAUUUAGGCAGUUGGAUAGACAUUUGUAAGGAACUGUGCAGGUUUUUAUUUUUUAACUUAUUGGGAAAAAUAGGUUUUGUAAAGCUGAGUUUAUAAAACCUGUUAGGAACAGAAUAGAGUUUAUUACACUGAUAUAUGCAUUUUUAAUUAAAAGCUUUUUUUUAAUUUUAUUUAGUAUAAGGUAGUGAAAUGUAACUUAACAUACUCCUGGAGCCAGUAUAAGAUGCUCAUGGAGCCUUAUCAUAUUUUAUACUUAAAGCAUCUUGUACUUCAGUCGUAUAUUAUGAAUAAUUUUAUUAAACUAUCAGUGUUUGCUAGUGCAGAAGAGCCAGAGAGUGAAGUUGGUAUGUGUGUCAACUGAACUUUUAUUUGGUAAGGAGGAAGUGUUCUUUGAUCUUGUGAAAAAUGUAGCUAGGGCAUUAAUAUACAGUAGGCCUGGGCAAAAUAUGGCCUGCCAAGCCCCCGUAUCUGGCCUGUGGAGGCACUGAGGAGCCCCAGCCGCCUCAGCUGCCUGCCCCACAGCCCUGCGUGCCUUGCAAAAAAUGGUUAGUUGGCUAACCUCCCUUCCGCUCUACCCUCCUCUCCCUCCAUGCUCAGUUUUGAAACGGGGGGGGAGGGGAAUUUAUGGGGCUGUCCCUCCCCCAGCAAAUUCCCAUUGGCUGGCUUCUGGCA